GGUCCCAGCCUAGGAUCCAAGAGGAUGGGUGUUCCGCGCAGCUUCCGGGGCUCUCCCCCAGUCCCACCCCCCCGGCCCGCCCCGAUGGACUUCUCUUCGCCCACUCCCAUUCCUAGACCACAUCUCGGUCCCCACAGUUCCUGACAUCCUUGCGCUUCACGCAACAUCGCGGCCCAUGAUCAUGCCCCAAUUCCCCUCACCUCUAAGGCAGCCUUCUCCUUGCCCCCUCCCGCCUUCCGAGCGUGUGCAACUCCAGUUGUCCCCGGGCUCCCUUCCAGCCUCAGGACCCCAUCUCACACCCGCUUCUCGCUUCCCGCUUCCCGCCCGCCUGAACCCCGCCGCCUCUGCUGCCUGUCUUGCUCCCUCAGCGUGGCCCCUUCCUCCAGCCGAGGGAAGUGGGAGACGCUAGCGGGAGCUUCCUCCUCCCGGCGCUCGGAGGAAAAGGAACGACCAAGUAGGAAGGGUCGCCGCUGCGGCACGCGGGGGAGCUAGACGCCGGGAUCCGCGCUCCCGCUUGCGUCCCUCCAGCCCCCUGGGCCUCGUCCGGGGCAGGAUCUUCUCGGGCACCGCCUGGUGCGAGGAGUCAGGACUGCGACCUCACCGACCUCCUCCCAUCCCCAGCCUGGGAUUGGGCAAGUGAACCAGAGCAAACGACUUCCGAUCCAGUCUGCGCUGCUGCGGCUCCCGUUUGGGAUUUGAUUUGCAGCAUCUUUGAGUCUCUACGACAAAAAACCGCGAAGCACGCCGAGCCCUCCCCCGGCACCCCGAAAAGCACCCACUCCCUCCCGGGGACACAGCUGGGCGCGUCCACACCCCCGCAGCCCCACACCAUGUUGUGCGGAAGGACUUCCACUCCCCGCCUGUGUCGUUGAUGUCAGACCCCAGGCCAGCCUCCGGGCGCUGCAGUUCUCCCGGCUAAUGCUGAGGCUGCGGCUCCGGCUCUAGCACAGGCACCAGCCGCCGCCGCACCUGGCCCCAGCGCCCACCGUCUGCAUGUGCCCGCCGUAGCCGUCUGCCCAGCCCGCAGCCCGCGCUCCACGGAGCGCUGGAGACCACCGUGGGGGGCCCCUUCUGCCCUCGAGAGAAGCGGUCUUGGAGGUAUUGAUUUAGGUGGUUGGAUUUUUUCCGUGGAUCUAUCAAUUCACAAUUCGAAUUUGGAAGAAAGAAGGAAAACAUGACGUCUCCAGCCAAAUUCAAAAAGGAUAAGGAGAUCAUAGCAGAGUACGAUACUCAGGUCAAAGAGAUCCGUGCUCAGCUCACAGAGCAGAUGAAAUGCCUGGACCAGCAGUGUGAGCUUCGGGUGCAACUGUUGCAGGACCUCCAGGACUUCUUCCGAAAGAAGGCAGAGAUUGAGAUGGACUACUCCCGCAACCUGGAGAAGCUGGCAGAACGCUUCCUGGCCAAGACACGCAGCACCAAGGACCAGCAAUUCAAGAAGGAUCAGAAUGUUCUCUCUCCAGUCAACUGCUGGAAUCUCCUCUUAAACCAGGUGAAGCGGGAAAGCAGGGACCAUACCACCCUGAGUGACAUCUACCUGAAUAAUAUCAUUCCUCGAUUUGUCCAAGUCAGCGAGGACUCAGGAAGACUCUUUAAAAAGAGUAAAGAAGUCGGCCAGCAGCUCCAAGAUGAUUUGAUGAAGGUCCUGAACGAGCUCUACUCGGUCAUGAAGACAUAUCACAUGUACAAUGCCGACAGCAUCAGUGCUCAGAGCAAACUAAAGGAGGCGGAGAAGCAGGAGGAGAAGCAAAUUGGUAAAUCGGUAAAGCAGGAGGACCGGCAGACCCCACGCUCCCCUGACUCCACGGCCAACGUUCGCAUUGAGGAGAAACAUGUCCGAAGGAGCUCAGUGAAGAAGAUUGAGAAGAUGAAGGAGAAGCGCCAAGCCAAGUACACGGAGAAUAAGCUGAAAGCCAUCAAAGCCCGGAAUGAGUACUUACUGGCUUUGGAGGCAACCAAUGCAUCUGUCUUCAAGUACUACAUCCAUGACCUAUCUGACCUUAUUGAUCAGUGUUGUGACUUAGGCUACCAUGCAAGUCUGAACCGGGCUCUACGCACCUUCCUCUCUGCUGAGUUAAACCUGGAACAGUCGAAGCAUGAGGGUCUGGAUGCCAUCGAGAAUGCAGUAGAAAACCUGGAUGCCACCAGUGACAAGCAGCGCCUCAUGGAGAUGUACAACAACGUCUUCUGCCCCCCUAUGAAGUUUGAGUUUCAACCCCACAUGGGGGAUAUGGCUUCCCAGCUCUGUGCCCAGCAGCCUGUCCAGAGUGAGCUGGUACAGAGAUGCCAACAACUGCAGUCUCGCUUAUCCACUCUAAAGAUUGAAAACGAAGAGGUAAAGAAGACAAUGGAGGCCACCCUGCAAACCAUCCAGGACAUUGUGACUGUCGAGGACUUUGAUGUGUCUGACUGCUUCCAGUACAGCAACUCCAUGGAGUCCGUCAAGUCCACGGUCUCCGAAACCUUCAUGAGCAAGCCCAGCAUUGCUAAGAGGAGAGCCAACCAGCAAGAGACAGAGCAGUUUUAUUUCACAAAAAUGAAAGAGUACCUGGAGGGCAGGAACCUCAUCACCAAGUUACAAGCCAAGCAUGACCUUCUGCAGAAAACCCUGGGAGAAAGUCAGCGGACAGAUUGCAGUCUAGCCAGGCGCAGCUCAACUGUGAGGAAACAGGACUCCAGCCAGGCAAUUCCUCUGGUGGUGGAAAGCUGUAUCCGGUUUAUCAGCAGACAUGGACUACAGCAUGAAGGAAUUUUCCGGGUGUCAGGAUCCCAGGUGGAAGUGAAUGACAUCAAAAAUGCCUUUGAGAGAGGAGAGGACCCCCUGGCUGGGGACCAGAACGACCAUGACAUGGAUUCCAUAGCUGGUGUCCUGAAGCUUUACUUCCGGGGGCUGGAACACCCUCUCUUCCCCAAGGACAUCUUUCAUGACCUGAUGGCCUGCGUCACAAUGGACAACCUGCAGGAGAGAGCUCUGCACAUCCGGAAAGUCCUCCUGGUCCUGCCCAAAACCACUCUGAUUAUCAUGAGAUACCUCUUUGCCUUCCUCAAUCAUUUAUCACAGUUCAGUGAAGAGAACAUGAUGGACCCCUACAACCUCGCCAUCUGCUUCGGGCCCUCGCUGAUGUCAGUGCCAGAGGGCCACGACCAGGUGUCCUGCCAAGCCCACGUGAAUGAGCUGAUCAAAACCAUCAUCAUCCAGCAUGAGAACAUCUUCCCAAGCCCCAGGGAGCUGGAGGGCCCUGUCUAUAGCAGAGGAGGAAGCAUGGAGGAUUACUGUGAUAGCCCUCAUGGAGAGACUACCUCGGUUGAAGACUCAACCCAGGAUGUGACUGCAGAGCACCACACAAGCGAUGACGAAUGUGAGCCCAUCGAGGCCAUUGCCAAGUUUGACUACGUGGGCCGGACAGCCCGAGAGCUGUCCUUUAAGAAGGGAGCAUCCCUGCUGCUUUACCAGCGGGCUUCCGACGACUGGUGGGAAGGCCGGCACAAUGGCAUCGACGGACUCAUCCCCCAUCAGUACAUCGUGGUCCAAGACACCGAGGACGGUGUCGUGGAGAGGUCCAGCCCCAAGUCUGAGAUUGAGGUCAUUUCUGAGCCACCUGAAGAAAAGGUGACAGCCAGAGCGGGGGCCAGCUGUCCCAGUGGGGGUCAUGUAGCCGAUAUUUAUCUUGCAAACAUCAACAAGCAAAGGAAGCGUCCAGAAUCUGGGAGCAUCCGGAAAACUUUUCGGAGUGACAGCCAUGGGCUGAGCAGUUCCCUGACUGACUCCUCCUCCCCAGGGGUGGGGGCUAGCUGCCGCCCAUCCUCCCAGCCCAUCAUGAGCCAGAGUCUCCCCAAAGAAGGGCCAGAUAAGUGUUCCAUCAGUGGGCACGGGAGCCUCAACUCCAUCAGCCGCCACUCAUCCCUGAAGAAUCGGCUGGAUAGUCCACAGAUCCGGAAGACUGCCACAGCAGGAAGGUCAAAAAGCUUCAAUAACCAUCGGCCCAUGGACCCUGAGGUCAUUGCUCAGGAUAUUGAGGCAACAAUGAACUCGGCCCUGAAUGAGCUACGGGAGCUAGAACGGCAGAGCAGUGUCAAGCACACCCCUGACGUGGUUCUGGACACCUUGGAGCCCCUCAAAACCUCCCCAGUGGUGGCCCCCACGUCGGAGCCCUCCAGCCCUCUGCACACCCAGCUCCUCAAGGACCCCGAGCCCGCCUUCCAGCGCAGCGCCAGUACUGCUGGGGACAUCGCCUGCGCCUUCCGGCCUGUCAAGUCUGUCAAGAUGGCUGCCCCAGUCAAACCACCAGCCACACGGCCCAAGCCCACUGUCUUCCCCAAAACAAAUGCCACUAGCCCUGGUGUCAACUCCUCAACUUCCCCACAGUCUACUGACAAGUCUUGUACUGUCUGAGGGAUAAUAAUUUAAUUGUUCUAGACAAGGGGACUGUAGGGACUGACUGUUAUUAAAAUCUUCCUAUUUAACUAGCUUGGGGACUUCAGUUGAAAAUUAGGUUCUAAGUUGUUCUUGCAGGAAUUAGCCUCCCCGUGUCUCCCAAAACCUUGAGAAUGAAACCCUUGGUAUCGCCUCUCCCUUCCCACUGCCCUCUGCUUCCCCCAGUCGUCAUAAUUCAACCAGCUGCAGUCCAUACCGUUCUUAGGUUAGCCAGAGACAGGUUUUCAUUAUCAGGUCACUGUGAAAUCUGGUAAGGCAGUCCUGAGGACAUGGGCUCAAGUCUCAGUCCGUUCACACCACGGGGAUGCCUUGACCAGAUGGUUGGCUACUACCAUCCAGCUUUCAGUGGCAUCUUGCUUUGGGAACUGAUUAUAGAGAAUCAUGUAUAGUCCAGUCUUCAUUUUACACACACACACAUAUUUUACACACACACACACACAUUACAUACACACACACACACACACACACACGUUUUUCUAGUCUCUGGCAUGUGUAGCCUCUCCUGGUCAUAGACCCGUCUCUUUGUAAGUUAUUGUGGCAGUUCACACAGUAGCCACCAGGGGUCUCUGUUUCCGUUACAAACUUUGUUCUGUCUGGGCCAGAGAACCUAGCCUUUGAAAUCUCUCCAUCAUAUGAAACAACAGGAUGGGACAAUCCCGUAACCUGUUUGGGGUUGGGGGCUUUCUCUCUGUGUUCUUUCCAUUGAUGUGAAUUGGUCAUUGGUGUUUGCUCUUGCUCUCCUCCAUCCCCUAGAAGUACACCCCAGUCUUAUUAAGGAGCUUUUAAAGUUUUUCUGAAUGUAUAGACAUUUCUCGGGUUCCUACCUUUGUCUCUGAUGGACCAUUUUCCAUUUAAGACAUUUUCCUGUAUAAGACAGUUUUAUAGCUGGUUCCUUUUAGGGUAAAGAGUCUUCAGAGAGUUUUAUUGUGUCUAUGGCAGGUUUGGAAAAGGUAAGAAAUGGGUCCCUUUUCCUCCUAAUGUUUUUGGCGCAUAAAACAUAAAAUUCAUUAUCCUAUUAAAAAAUUAAAUUCAGCUUUGCUAAUCCAGAAAUUGUUCCCAAAUGAAAACUUGUUUUAAGUCCACCCCUUAGUUUGGUUAUUUUACAAGUUCUCUCUUCAGGGACCAACAGGGGCUUAGAGGGCCUUAGUUAGAUUAAAGGGACACCCUACCUCUUAAAACCAGUUUUCAUUUAUCCAAACAAGGACAACUAAGGGAACUCUGACCGCACAGGCUCUCAAGUCUUCCCAAGGCCAGAAUCUAAAGAAAAUUAAAAUUUGAAUGCUGAAUAUUUUGGCUCUACUCUGGCCUUUUUUCUGGUUGCCUUCCAAGAUGCACAAAUCAUACCUUUGUCUGCUCCAAUUAAGUCUCCAAACCUGGUGCCCGUGGUCCUGGCCCCCCCUAGCAUCAUGCUAUCCCAGGAGUACCAGGAUCAGACACAUCCACAGCCAGGCUCAUGGGUCGCAGACAGCAACUUGAGUUAAAGCUGAAACUCAUCCUUCUUCUCUGUGUUUUCUGGUUUCAAAGCUGCACUUAUAUUUUAGCCUUAUUAUUUUCUGUAGUUCCAGAGAGAUGGUGGGUUGCCAUUCAGGUAGGAAAAUCUGAGUUUUCUUAUCUUUGACCUAGAAGAGAUUCUUUUUGGACCAACAUGCAAAAUUGGUAGUUAGAUCUAUGGAAAGUGGUAGGAUUUUUUUUUUUAAUCCUGUGCAAAGGAAAAGAGGUGCUUUGUGGGAAAUCACUAAUAAGAAGGCUAACCUGCAGCACCAGAGAAACAUUUCCAAGUGCUAGGCAGGAGAACUGAAGAACUGCUUCAGUGAAGGGAGUCAGCCUGGAAGAGGCAACCCACAGUCUUGGUUUUUGUUGCUGUUUGCUGACCUGUUCUUGCCUGUCACCUGGGCCUACACAGGUCCUGAGCCAACAGGGGGCUUUCAUACCCAAGGAUCUGUUUCCUUGCUGAAAAUGAAACCCCAUCUUUCACUUUACAUUCCUUUCAAUCCAACUGAUCAAAACUGGUGCCCACACUUGCCCUUUCUCCCUCUCUCCAGCACACUCCCCUCUAAGAAAGUAAAAGCAAAGCUUUCUUAAUGGCAACGCUUUGGGCCUGUUCUGUUGCUCCUGCCUUAUUUCUCUUUCAACCCUGUACACGACUCGUAUUCACCAUCCCCUUGAUCAGUGUCCAUCCGCGCUAAUUUGCAUCAUAAACUGAACAGUGUGUGAGUGAUCACCUACUAAACCCAACUCUGGGGACAGAGCUGUCUUCCCCAUCUCUGGUGCUCCUGACACCUGUGAGAUGGUCCUGUCGAGAGCACUAGGAACCGGUAGGAGGAGAGUCCUUCUCGGCAGAGCUCACUGCAAACAACUGGAAUUGAGGUUGCACACUGUGAUUUUUACACCGAAAAGCCAAAAGGAGCUGGCCAUCCAGGGCCUAGGGAGACCAGCCUUCCUCAGCUAUGCUUGCCGAAACCAGCAUGAUGCUUCAAAGAGCCCUGCUCCACCCCUCAUGGCAUGGAUCCUUUUCCUGGUGUGGACUCUGAAGGGUCAGUCUUUGGGGAAGAGAGGUGGGGUGGGGCUACUAGCAUCCCAUUUUAGAAAGUAGAGGAGUUUGUAGCCAGCAGCCUGUAAACUGGAAACACUGGUCUCAGCCAACCUCCUCAGGGCGCCCUGGCUUCUCCCCAAGGAGAUGAGGAGCGGUGAUGCCAGCACCAGGAUGCGCAGAGCACUGGAAGGGCUGGUGCAGAUCUACUUCCUGUGCAGAAGAGAAGUCACAUCUUCCAGGGAAUCGCAAUGUUGUGGCGUCUGACUUGUAUGUCACAUUUGUGUAAAAUGGUAUAUUCUUUAAAAUAGUGUUGAUAACUGGAAUAUUGUAUGUAUGCUUGGAGAUGCUUUGUGUGAACCUAAGACUGUCACUCAACAGAUGUUGGAUUGGGGAAAAUCCAAAGCACAACUUCAAAAUAAAAUACAUUUUUAGGUUUC